UCUCCCUCAGUCACCUCUCCUGUCCUCCAGCUCUCCAGACCCCUCAGGACUCCUCAGCUCUUUUUUUUAAACUCAUUAAGUUUUUUUAUUUUAUUUUUUUAUUUUAAUCACCUCGAACUCACUCCAUCGCUGGUGCCACGGCUGCCCUCCUGGUCCUGAAGCUCUGACACUGAUCUCCUCCCCCGUUGGCUCGGCAUGGCGCACAUGCAUGGUCCCACGUCUCUGGGGAACGUACGAGGAGACAUGAAGCACUCGUGGAGCCGCAGUUUGGACCACAGUCUGGAGGGCGAGACCCACGAAGUCCCCCCACUGCGGAGUUACCUGUUCCUCACCAUCCUCACCUGCUUCUGCCCCGCCUAUCCCAUCAACAUCGUGGCCCUGGUGUUCUCCGUGCUGUCCAGAAACAGUUAUUAUGAAGGGGAUUAUGAAGGCUCUCAUAGGCUAGGCCGAAAGGCUCUGCAAGUGGCCAUAGCCUCCAUUAUAAUCGGGAUCCUGAUCAUCUUGAUCUUCUGCACCGUGCAUUUGACCAAGAAGAACCAGUAGAUAACGGGGCAACACUGAGACAUUGAAGUGGCAGGGGUUGAACUGGAGGAUGCUGGGGUUUGGAACUUUGUGUUGAAAUCUCCCCACUUCACCCUCGCCUUCAUAACUGUCCCCCCAGAAGAGGGCAAGAACUGUCAGCACUCUUCAAACCAUCCUCCUUUAGUGUCAGUUAAAUGUCCACUCUGCCACCCCCAGAGAGCUCAUGAGGUCAUUUCUGUUGAACCCGUUCUACAUCAAUCUACAACCAAUAGAUUAUUGGUACAGCAGAAAAAAAUGAAACGAGAAAAUAUAACACUGCUUUUCAUUUAAUAUGAAAAUGUAACAUAAUUUCUUAAGACUUGUAUAUCUAUUUCUUAUAUAUGAACAUACGUAGGUAAUACAAAAAAAAUGCAGUGUGUCAUAACUGCUGCAACUGUAGUUUGCUAUAAGUGUAUGUUUAAAGGCACUUCCAUUUGCUUAAGACAUGUUCUUUUCAAAUGAGCUGUGAUAAAAAAAAAAACUCCAAUGGCAUUUAUUACCUCUGCCAAGGUAAUAAUGUAAUGAUGCAAUGUAAUGAUGUCAGUCUGACAGACAUAUCGGGAAAAGUGAUGGAUGGAUUGGCAUGAAAUUUGUCGUGCCCAUUCAUGUUCCCAGGUGGAAUAAACAUAUGGAUUUUGGUGACCUCACCGAAAUCUAUAGGUUUAUUUUGUAGUGCCACCAUCAGGCCAAACAUAUCUUGAAAUGCUAAGGACUCAAUUGUCAAGGCAUUAGCUGUGCACAUUCAUAUCAGGGAAGGUUUGUGUGCCUUGACAGAGGUCUUCUGCACUCUGCUGAGUGCAUUCUUUCUAGUUUAUUGUUUUAGCCCGGUCUGAAUCUGCAGCAGAGGGCUGCUGGAAUGCCGUGGAGAGAAGGACUUGAGUGUAGUCUGUUUUUUCCCCUCAUGCUCAAGUAACAGGUACGGGUGAUUCUGUCAGAAAAGAAUUUGCAUGUUGAAGGAUGCACCCAAUUUCAACUGAACGAUGCUGGCCAAACGGACAACAUCCAGCGACUAGGUCCCUUUGCAAAUGUUAAGACUUCGUAGUAAACUUGGGAGUUUUCAAUUUACCAGUAAGUUCAGCGGGAAACCGGAUGCCGGACGGUUCAGUAUAAUGUGUGAAGCCUACCAUUACAUACAACAGAACUCAACAAGAAUGCCUGAAGAUGCACAGUAGGCUACACACAGGAACUGACACAUGGAUUAAUCAGGUUUUUAAACGGGAAUGUUUAAGCUUUUUUUUUUUUCUUGUCAAUCAAUAUUCUGGGGCAAACAGAGUGGCAGGUUCUUGGAUUUCCUUUCCCUGCAGAUGUGCGGGUGUUCGGUAGUACAGUUAUUAAAUUGGGCAUCUGUGUGUCAGCUGACCUCGAGAACCUUUAUGGAGCUGAGCAUUUUAACCGAAGGAUAUGAUGUCAGAGAAGUCAUUUUGGCAUCAUACAUAUUAAACCACUAAGGUGUAAGCACUAAGGUUUUGGUAUUCCUUGUCAAAUCAACUUUUGGCAACACUGCAUGUUCAGCCCACUGUUUUUGUCACCACUUCAUUCAAUCUAUGAAAUGAUUUUCAAAUAUAUUUUUGUUUUCAAAUGUAUUUAACUCAUAUUCAUGAAAGUAGUUAUUCCUUUUCCUUCACUGUGUUCGUCUCAUUUCAUGCAUUGUGCUGAAAAUGAUUUGUUCUGAAAUGCCUAUCAUAAAAAAGUGAAAUAAUGUACAGAAUGUAAAAUAUAAAACGAUAUCCUUAUAAAAUACAGACAUGCGCAUGGACUCACGUGCAAAGCACAAACGGUAAAAUAUAAACUAUUUUGAGUGAACUUUGAGUCUAACGCAUCAUACCCAUACAGUAUGACAACAUGGAGCUUUGAGCAAAAACAGGUGUUUAAGCUGACUUGGCUUGUAAUUUUACACAUACUCUCAAGGAUAUAUAGUGUCCAUAUUAAUAACUUCAUAAAUAGAAAUUGUAUAUGCUGCAUUAUCUUUUAUAUACAUUUGGCGAAGGACCUUUAAUUUGUGGCUUUAACAUGGGGCACCCAAUCAACCAGCGGUGGUCACUAGAUGUGGAUUGUGAAUUGUGGACUAAAUUAUUGUACACUCCCAUACCCUAGGGCCUAGGCAAAGCAACCACCAAAUGCUCAUCACCUUCUGGAGCUGCCUGCCACAGUUGGCAUUGGCAUGGUCCAGGUUCAAAUCAAGGCCAUGUGUACUGAAAGCACAGACAGCAGGUGCAUUAACAAACUCAGAUGGGCUGAAUGACCUGUUCUCAUCAUUAAACAUUCUUAUGAUUACAAAAUAAGAUUUUUUUUCUUUAUCUCUAGCCUAUGUUCUUAUGUCAAAUCUGCUUUUGUGAUUGCAGUAUAUUUUAGUUGAUUUGCACUUCUUUAAUAUUCUGGAAUCAGGGUGUUUCUUUUAUAAGACAAAUUAAAAUAUGUUUAGGGAUACUAACACCAACACCAACAUUUUACAUGUGUAUUUGUGUUUUGUGUUUUUCUUUUCUGAUGUUUAAAAGCGGUUGCUAGUUUUACAUGUAAUGUAUUUUAAAUAUUGUAAAACUAUCAAGAAAAUACAAAUGACAAUGUAUGUACAUAAAUUAUGAAACUGGUAAAUUAUGUAGAUUGGUGUAUAUAUCUUAUUUUUAAGUUAUGUGUUCCUUAUAACAUUUUAAAAUGUUAAAAUUUAAAUGAUGCCAUUGUCACUUGAAAAUGUGUGUUUAUUAAAAUAGUAUUUGUGAAUUGACAAGAAUUGAC